UAAACCGGAUCCGGAUCCGCGGUAAAACGAACGUCGCUUGAAAAUACAAAUAUCGCUCAGGUCAGCCCACACUUGUGCUUCUACUGCUCUCUAUUAGCUCUAUCUGUCUAUAUUCACUCCGGUGAGUCAUAAGGAUAAAAAUAUCUACGCAGUUCGCUCACUUGAUGCUCAUCUCAUGUUUGUUUACCCGCCGUGGUGAAAGCCUGUGUGCUGCUGUCGGCUAACGUUAGCCCGCUAGCUAACAGCCCGGCGGCGCGGCGCGGUUUGAGCUGCUGCCGAGAAAAACUUUACGUCAAAGUGCAGAUCCGGAACCAACCAGGAGCGUCCGGCGGCCUCCGGCAGCAUGUCCAAAAGGAAAGUCACGUUUGAGGACGACAACGGGGAGUUUGAUCUGGAAGACGAUCUGCCCAACAAAAAGAUUUGUGAGGGUGUGAGCGGACCUGGCUCCAGGUUCAAGGGCAAGCAUUCCCUUGACAGCGAUGAAGAGGAUGAGGACGACGACGCGAAAAGCAGCAAAUACGACAUUCUAGCCAGCGACGAUGUGGAGGGCCAAGAGGGAGCAACAAUUGACUGUGACGAGGGAAUUGCCAUCACACCUUUUAACCUGGAGGAGGAGAUGCAGGAAGGACAUUUUGACUCAGAGGGAAACUAUUUCAUCAAAAAGGAUGAACAGAUCCGAGACAACUGGCUUGACAACAUCGACUGGGUGAAAAUUAAAGAGCAGCCCGUGAAACAGAAGAAGAAAGGUCUUGCGGCCAAACGCAGACGCAGAGCAGGCGACGAAGAUGAGGCCGAGGAGGAGAAACUGAGAGAGGAGCAGCGGGCAAACAGCGAAAAUGAAGACGAGGUGGAGGAGAAGGAGCCCGCCGAGGACCCGCUGGCAAACUACAGCGAGCAGCAGCUGACCGAAGCGGUGGUGGAGCUGCUGCUUCCAGGGGAGACGGUGGCCAAAGGCCUGCGGCGACUCGGAGGCCUCGGAGGGCGAAAGAGGAGCAAGCUGAAGGAAGACGGCGAGGGCAACGAGGAAACCAAGAGGGAUGCCGAGAAGCUAGACCGGCUCACAGCUCUAGCUGACAGACUGGUUGGGUGUGGCAUGUUUGAGAUCUACCAGCAAACCUAUGAAAAACUGGCCUAUUUGCUGAAGAGCAGGAGUCAGAAGCCGGCCAAGAAAAAACCUGGUGGUGGUGAUAAUGACGAAGAAGAUGAACUUGAUAUGUUUGCGGAAAAAUUUGAUCACAGCCAUGAUGACAAAACCAAGGACGAGGAAGAAGAAGACACAAGAGUGAAUGAUGAAGUGAUGUGGGAGUACAAAUGGGAGAAUGUGGCUGACUCUGAGCUCUACGGCCCCUUCAGCAGUCAGCAGAUGCAGAACUGGGUGGACGAAGGCUACUUCAAGGACGGGGUUUACUGCAGGAGGGUGGAUCAGGAAGGCGCUCCCUUCUACAACUCCAGGAGACUGGACUUUGAGCUCUAUACGUGAUUUACGAGCGGCAUCAAAUGGAUGAUGACCGUCACGAUCUCUGUCAUCGUUCAUUUUCUCUCUCUCUCCUUCUGUCCCCCCUGUUAAGUCUGUCCUCCUCCUCCUCCAUGUCAAGUGCUUUGAUCUCAAAACAGAAGCUUUGUUUUCUGUAUAUUGUUUUUAAAUAAAUUACUCAUUUGUGCUCUGUCA